UGUAGACUGGUUUACAGGUACCAAGCAGAAAUCAGUGCUUAGCCAAGGUUGUGCUACAUUUUGUCGAUGUAAAGUAAAUAUUUAAUAUAAUAUUUCACAGAAUUGUAUCGGGAUGAUGUGUUUAAAAGACAACAGUAUGAAAUUAGUACUGCUCUUGUUAGCCAUCCAGUUAUACACAGCCUCUGGAACAGUCGGCAGAUGUGGUUACGACUUUCUGGUUAACUGCUUCUGUGGUCAUCAAAUAUACGACCGAGAAUUACUCUUCGUAGUUAACUGCACCGGACAUGGUUUUACCGAUACUAGCAUGCUGCGGGAACUACCUGAGGAAACUGAGAUGUUGAUCUUCACGGGAAAUCACAUUGGGACACUGCCCAGUAAUGUUUUCGGCGAAGGAAGAAAUAUGACCAAACUUAGGAUCAUUGAUAUGAGCAACAAUGGAAUACAGGACGUUAAAGGAAAAGCCUUCCACCACGUUGUAAACGUCACCCGUCUAAUUUUAAAUCACAACAAUAUCUCCAUUUCCGACCAAUACGACAAGAAUUACCACCACCCCAGAGUGUUUUCGAAUUUUUUUAACUUAGAGGAACUGCACCUCACCAAUGCGUUUGCUGAUAAUACUGAUGCCGCUCUUGCUGAUGAUCUACAUGAUAUAUUCGUAAACAGUAACCUUACGAAGUUGUACAAACUGCAUCUAGAACAGAAUGAAAUCAAGAACUUCAAAGAUGAUCGGGUGUUCUGUGAUUUGCCUAAUAUACAUGACAUUCAUUUAGGCGACAACAAUAUUCCUAGUGUGAACUUCAACAUAACGUGUCUUCCAAAGCUACGCUACCUGGACCUAGAACGCAACAACAUAACCAAGUUCUCUCAGCAAGAUUUAGACAACUUCGACAAACUGGCGUUUCCUUACAGGACUACACAAAAUCUGACAAUAGACAUCGAUGGAAACCCUUUCAGAUGCGACAAUGCAGUGAAGAACCUUUACAACUGGUUGCACAGAACCAACGUAAAGGUCAGAGACGUAGACAUUUUGCAAUGUCACCAAACUAAAUAUGGUACCAAAUAUAUAAUAAAUUUGAAAAAUUUGGCUGAGUCAAAGAAUGCCAAAAUAUCGCAGGCGUUGACGAUUCUUUUGGUGAUACUUGUUUUAAUUUUGUUGUCGCUGUUAAGCGCUUACGUAUACUUGAAGAGAGAAAAUAUGAAGGGAAAAUUGAGUCCCUUAUUCGAAGCUGUUACUAGAAAAGUUCAUUAUAACAAAAUUGAGUCACAAGAUGUCUGAGUUUAAUCUUAGCUUAUUUUCGAAUUUUUUAAUGUGUGAUAUAGAACUUAAAGUUUGUUCAGAUAAUUUUUGAUAAAAGACACCUCAAUGGACAUUUUCUUAUAAAGUGUGUUUCAAACAAGACAAACAAAAGACAAUAUUUAAUAUCAGUGAUGGUCAAAAUAUUUAACACAUUGUCUGCCAUCUUGGUCUGUAAUGCCACUGAAAUGUUACUUACUGUAGCACCACGUCGGUAUUAUGGCAAAAUAUUUGCCAGCUUCAGUGUCGGUGUGUUUGCAGUGUAUUUUUGUUUUUUUUUUUGUUGGGUUGGUUAUUGGGUCCUGUUUUAGUUGUCCGUCACCUCUUCAGGAUGUGGUUUGUUUUUUUGUUGUUGUUGGUACUGGGUUCGUCGAGUGGUAUCUGGUGGUAUCGACGUCUCUGUUGCGGAUUGGAUGUUGUGUCUGCUGAGGAGGCCGUCUUCAGAACUUGAUCAGAGGAGAAAGCCUGGUUGCUGAAACGGUUCUUUUCAGAAAUUUUAUUUGUUUUAAAUGAAUUUGGCUGAAUUUACUGGUUUAGAAAUUUGGAAAUGAUGAAAGAUGUAAUGAAUUUGAGGCAUGUUGAGGGCAGCUGUGGCUGUAUUCUCUCUAUGGACAAUGGACAGGUAUUAUUUUGCAGUGAGAUCGGAAAAUCACAGAAAACCGUGAGCUAUGUGUCUAUUUAUUUGAUAAAAAAGUGGAGUUGCCUCCAGGAUGUUGAUGUAUUCAUCAAGGAGUUCGUUACUGUCGGAGGCCAGCAAUUCUGUUGAGAGGAAAGGUAGUUUGUAUUUUAGAUGUCUGAAGAAUACAUUGCCAAAGGAUGAGCAGUUAGUUUUAAGGACCUUUCGGGCUCUGAAGUUUUGGAGAUUGCUUGUUUUUAUUGUGUAACUCCUUCUCAAAGAGGUGUUCCUCUCAAUUAUGCACUGGAUAUUUGAUAGUUGAUAAGUAAGGGCAGAAGAGUUGUCUCCAGGAUAUCGAUGUAUUCAUCAUGGAGUUCGUUACUAUCGGAGGCCAGCAAUUCUGUUGAGAGGAAGGGUAGUGCGUAUUUGAGAUGUCUGAUGAAUACAUUGCCAAAGGAUGAGCAGUUAGUUUUAAGGACGUUUCGCGCUCUGAAGUUUUGGCCAUUGAUUGUUUUUACUGUGUACCUCUUGCUCAGAAAGGUGAUCCUCUCAAUUAUGCACUGGGUGUUCGAUAGUUGAUAAAUAAGGGCAAAAGUGUAUUAGUUUCGUUUGUAGUUUACUUUACGCAGUAUACCCCUUUCCAACCCCAGCAGUGAUUGUGUUAAGGAGCGACUGAGCAAGGCAUAUACAUAUGUUAGCCUUGUAUUCAAUCACCGGCCUAAUUAAUCUCCAGAGUAUGAGGAAGAUCCUUGCUUUAAGGCUUUUAAUUAGCCUCUUCAAGGAGUGGGCGCCAUCUUGAGACUGAGGCUAAUCAAUCUGAGUCAUCUUGAGUUGACUAAUUUUGUAAAUGUUGGGUGGAAAACGCGGCCAAGGUCGAGAAUAAGGCGACUCUAUUUUGUUGGUUGACUCCUGAUUGGUUGGUUGAUUUUGUUUACAACGUCUGCAGGCUAGCUGUGUCUUGUUCCUGACGUAUGAUACAUAUUGUUGUGUAAUCGGAUUGGGAAACCACAAGAAACCAAUCUUCCUUUUUCCUUUACUGUGACUGAUGAGACUCUUAAGGAGUAUAGGAGGAGACACACUCUACAGGGUCUAUGGAGUAGGAAACAUGGAUAUAAGGAUAGUUGUUGCACGAGUUGGAUUUUUUAAGCACGCAAACCAAGAAACCCAUAUGACAGGCAAUGUGUUAAAAGCCAAAAAUAAUAUGGCUACAAUUAAACAUCUGAUUGUUAUUUACGUAGAUAAACAGUGGUUUUAAAAAUGUGUUAUAUAGAGGUAUUUACAUGAUGUCCAAAUUAUAUCUAAGGCUGUGGUCUCCAAUAAACGCCGUACGCUGCCUACACUGUCACGCAGUAGUUUGCGUAUGUAUGCUUUAUACAAUAAAUAACGAAUACGGUCUCCAUUGGAUGUCGAACGCAAUGUAUGUGUUACCGUUAAAAUCCGAUUUCAGUUAAAACCCGAAUUUACUAGGAAAAACUAGUUUUAACUAUGCGCUUUAGACAAUUCUAGUUUUAACUAGUCAAAACUAGAUUUGACUGCUAUACAUUCAGUUAAAACUAGAAAUCCCGAACGGAUUUCACUUGAGUAGUUUAUGCUAGUUCAAUGUAGUUUUUUUGGAAUUACUGGCGAAUACCAGUUAAAAUUGUUGCAAGAGACAAGAUGUAUUACGGCUUGUUCGGGGUAGUGUUAAUGACGAAGGUGGACGGUCGGUAGCAAGGUAGUGUGUGAAACUGUUGAUUGCUUUGCAUCGUUUUUAUUGGUUAUAUUACACCACUGUGUAUUGAUCACCAUUAGUGAUAAUAUCGAAGAUCAGAUUGAGAGCAGAGAUAUAAGAACGUGAAAAGAACGUGUUUUGGUAAUGAUUUUACAAAUGGAAGAGACUGAAAAAAGAAAGUCACUACAAUGUUGUGACCAAGAGUAUAUAAUAAAUUAAUGGUCGAAGUACAAGACGCGGAACUGUCUGUCAAGAAAACACCAUUACAAAAUCGAAGACUAAAAUGAUUUAGAAUUGUUGAAGUUGGCGAAAUAAAAAAGUUAGCUUCUAAAAUUGAUCCCAUUAAAUAUUAUGUACCUGUCGAAAAUAUUUUUGGCAUAAUUGAAGCAGCCCAUGUUGCUAUUUUUCAUGAAAAUCGGGAUAGGUUGAAGACUGAAACCUCCAGGAAAUAGGCAAAUAUAACUUUUUAUUGAUUUGAUCAAUACUUUUAUACCAGUGUGUAAAAACUGCCAACGAAAGAAGAGUAAACAUAUAAAAACGAACAGAGGUCUUGUGUCCAAACCUAUAUUGCAUUCAGAAAUGGAUAGUCGCUGUCAGGUAGAUUUGAUCGAUAUGCAAUCACAAGAAAAUCGCAUAUCAACUACUCUAAAUGAAAUCCGGUCGCGAUUUCUAGUUUUAACUGAAUUUAGCAGUCAAAUCUAGUUUUGACUAGUUAAAACUAGAAUUGUCUAAAGCGCUUAGUUAAAACUAGUUUUUCCUAGUAAAUUCGGGUUUUAACUGAAAUCGGGUUUUAACGGUAACAUAUGUAUAUCUGCUAUGAGCGACUUCAAAUGUUGGAAGCAGCGUCUUUAGUUAUUCUCGAGCAUUGCAACGUACGGCUGGUACAGGUACUUAGCGAAAUGAGUAAAACAAGUAGCAAACAAGAAAAAGAUGAGUUGCUUAUCAACAAGUUGAAAUAUCGCACUUGACUGAUAACGAAAACGAUGGGAAUAUUGUUGCCGGCGAUCGACAAAUGCUGUACCCAAUCUACGGCAUUUAUUGGUGACCACAGAUGACUCUGGACGCGACCUACGGUGUUCAUCGAUAAUCAUGGCCUAUGUUUUGUAUUGACUACGUUAAGUUGCCGGUGACUGGCAAAGGCUGUAUGCAGCGUCUGGCUUUACGCUGUACGUAACCUACGCUACGGCAUUUAUUGGAGACCACCAGCUAAGAUAAAAUUAUAUCUAACUAAGCAGUUAAAAGAAACAUAACAUUAUUUUUGAAUAGCUCUAAAAGGACGGUUUUAAACCAUGGUUCGAAUAAAAUGGCUCUAUGAAGCUAUUUUUGAGUCGACUGUAUUUGACGUUUAUUCUCUGUUGUUAUUGUAUUUUUACGUUAGAUACACAUACGAGCAACAGUUUGUGCUUCUUAAGACAUUCCAUUAUUCCCUUUACAAAAACUCAAAUAUAAAAUGGAAAAUAUUUUGUGUUGAUAUAGUUUUAGUCGCGCUAACAAAAUGCCAAAAAUAACUGUGAGCUUGUCCUAAUGUUAAUUAGUCUAGGCGCCAAAUAGAGGUCACCGUGUCAUUUUUAAUUCUGAUGGACAAACUCAACGGUUUCUUAUGGAUUUUGAGCUGCUGAUUACGAAUUUCGAGGGGGGAUUUCGAUCCGAAUGGUCAAAAAAUUGUUAUAAACAAUUUAAUUGUUUAUAAGGCUCUGGCUCAUAAACUAAAAGAGAUAAAAAAAUGUUUCAAAUAAAAUUUGUUCCCUAAUAAAAAACGAGGAAACAACCGUUUACUAAACUUAAAUCCGACAAUUAGAACUCAAGAUAUUGUAAAAUUAGUGCACAAUGCAAAUUGCAAAAUAAGUAUUUUUCGAAGCUUUACCGAUCGUAACUCGGCUUCUACGCAUGACAAUGAGCCUUGUAAGGUGUCCUUUUAAAGCUUAAUUAAGAGGCUUCCAAACAAAGUUUGUUAAAUUAUUUGAUCUUCAUUUGUUUUACAGUUAUACCCGUUUUAAGUUAUAAUUUUCUUAAAAAAUUGUACAUUAAUUUGUUUAUAAAGGUUUCAAGCAAACUUUAGCUAUAAACAUUUAUACUUUAAUUAAUAAUAAUGAUAAAACAACUCAAAAGGAACAAUUUGAGCUUACGAAAAUGUUCGUAAGUUUAUUUUUGGCUAAGAUGUCGAUAUUUUAAUGGCGCGCUAUGAGGCGCAAGAUUGACUCACAGUCAAGUAAGUAUGUAUUCUUCGACGCUUUAUCGAUCGUAACUCGGCUUCUACGCAUGAAAAUGAGCCAAUAUGUGAUAUCCAUAUAAAAAUGGAUCGAGUUCUUUUGCAGCAUCAUCAUUGCAUAUAAAACGAGCAUUUAUGAUGUGGCGGCAUACACACAAUUGACGGGCCUUGAUGAUGCUGCAAAAGAACUAGAUCCACUUUAUAUGGAUAUCAUAUAGAUAAUUAGACUCUGAAGUCUCAAAAAGUUUUAGUUUUACUGCCUACAAGAACAGACUUGUACCACCAUGUAACUGUUAAAAUUUCGCUAAGAACUUAUGCAGAUGUAAAAAAGCUGAUAUUCCCUGUAUGCAGAUUUGCAGAUGCAUGAAAAAAAUGUUUGUAAAAAUAGUAUUAAUAAAUAAUUUCAACUUACUUUUUAGUUAUAUUUCUGAAAUAUUAGUUUUUAAUGUUUUUUUCUCAUUUAGUGCAAAAAAUAGAAGACAAUGUAAAUAGAAUGAAAGAGGUACAGUAUGAUGAUUUAAUUAUAAGAAUUAUUUGAUAAAAUUUUAUUAGGAUCUUCAAAAAUGAAAAAUGAAGAUAACGUAUGUAUACAUAGAAAUUAUAAUUUGCAUCGAGAAGUUAGCGCAUGAACCUUUACGCGGUGAGCCGAUCUUGCGCCUCAUAGCGCGCGCCAUUAAAAUAUCAACAUCUUGGCCAAAAAUAGACUUACGAACAUUUUCAUAUCCUCAAAUUGUUCCUUUUGAGUUUUUCUAUCAUUAUUGUUCAUUAAAGUAUAAAUGUUUAUAGCUUAAAUUUGUUUAAAACCCUUAUAAACAAAUGAAUGUACAAUAUUUUUAAGAAAAUUGUAACUUCAAACGGGUAUAACUGUAAAACAAAUGAAGAUCAAGUAAUUUGACAAACUUUGUUUGAAAGCCUGUUAAUUAAGCUUUAAAACGACACCUUCUAAGACUUACUUUCCUGCGUAGAAGCCGAGUUACGAUCGAUAAAGCUUCGAAAAAUACUUAUUUUGCAAUUUGCAUUGUGCACUAAUUUUACAAUAUCUUGAGUUCUAAUUAUUAGAUUUAAGUUUCGUAAACGGUUUUUUCUUCGUUUUUUAUUAAGGAACAAAUUUUGUUUGAAACAUUUUUUUUAUCUCUUUUAGUUUAUGAGCGAGAGCCUUAUAAACAAUUUAUAAACAAUUAAAUUGUUUAUAACAAUUUUUUGACUACUCGGAUCGACAUCCCCCCUCGAAAUUCGUAAUCAGCAGCCAAAAGUCCAUAAGAAACUGUUGAGUUUGUCCAUCAGAAUUGAAUAUGACACGGUGACCCCUCUGGCGCCUAGACUAAAUGUACUGAUUAAAUAAAUAGAAUUGUAGGUGAUAAUAGGCAGUGGAAAUUAAUAAAUAAGUUUUAGCAAUUACGCAAUUAUGAUGGUGCUUUAAUAUAUUUUUAAGGUAUAUAUUUUUUACUUUUGGAUAUUUUACUUAUAGUUGUAAAUAAUGUUUGUACAUACUUAUAUUUUAAUAAAACGUACUUUAUUUAGAA